AAGUACUUGGCUUAAGACUGGAAGUAGAAGGCCGCCGCACGUGGGGCAAGAUGGCGGUUCAUCGCUCCGGCCCGCUCAAGCAGAAGAAUAAGGCUCACAAGAACGGACGGCACCGGAGUCGGGGCUCCGCUCAGCGGGACGGCAAAGGUCGCGUGGCCGUGAAAGUCCAGAGCAAGAAAGUGAGGAAGGAGCUUAGCCGAGUGGACCAGAGGCACCGCGCCAACCAGCUCCGGAAGCAGAAGAAGGAGGCGGUCUUGGAGGAGAAGCGGCACCUGGGCAGCAAGGAUGGGCCGCCUCACCAGGUGCUGCUGGUGCCCCUGCACGCCGGCGUUUCCCUGGGCCAGGCUUUGCAGCUGCUCCGGAGCUCGGACCCGCAGUCGGUGCCCGCGGGGGAGCGGGCCGGGGCCCCGGGCUUUGUGCUGCUCUGCCCUCAGAUGAAGCGGCGCUGGUUCUUCACGGCUGCACAGCCAGGGGAGCUGCACACUGUCUUGGACCUGGCCAAAGUGGCUGAUAGCAUCCUGUUUAUUCUGGAUCCCGUGGAGGGCUGGGACAGCACAGGAGAUUACUGUCUCUCUUGCCUCUUUGCCCAAGGUCUUCCCACCUACUCUCUAGCUAUCCAGGGGGUUGGGAGCCUUCUCCCAAAGAAACAAGCAGAUGCCAAGAAGAAGCUGAGCAAGGUCUUAGAGAAGCGAUUCCCUGGAGACAAACUGCUCCAUUUGGACACCCCGCAGGACGCCGUGCUGCUCCUUCGACAGCUGGCUAACCAGAAGCAAAGGCAUCUGGCCUUCCGAGACCGGCGUUCCUACAUGUUUGCUUACACUGCUGACUUUGUGCCCAGCCAAGAGAGCAGCUCAGUGGGCACCUUAAAAUUGUCAGGCUAUGUUCGUGGGCAGACUCUCAACGUAAACCGUCUCUUGCAUAUUGUUGGACAUGGCGAUUUUCAGAUCAAGCAGAUUGAUGCUCCCGCAGACCCUUUUCCUCUAAAUCCCAGAGUGAUUAAGGCCAGCAAAGGCACGGACAUGGCAAUGCAGAUCGAUGCUGCGGAUGCCGAUGGUGCGUCCGAGAUGGAGGAGGACAUCAAGGUUCUAGUAAAAGCAGACCCUGCUCGGCAGGAGUCUCUCCAGUCAGAGGUGGUUCCGGACCCCAUGGAGGGAGAACAGACGUGGCCCACAGAGGAAGAACUGAAUGAGGCCAAAGCCCUCUUAAAGGAAAAAGCCAAAGUGGUGAAGAAAGUCCCCAAAGGCACAUCCAGCUACCAGGCUGAGUGGAUUGUGGAUGAGGAAGGCAGCAGCAGUGGGGAGGAGGAGGAAGAGGAGGAGGAUUCAGAGGCUGAGGAUUUCAUGGAGGAGGAGGAUUCAGAGGCUGAAGGGAGCGAGGAAGAAUGUGACACCGUGACCUUGGGGGAGUCUGUUCGGGAUGACCAGUAUGAUGAGAAGAUUGACAAAGAGGCCGAGGAACAAAUGCUGGAGAAAUACAAGCAGGAAAGGCUGGAUGAGAUGUUUCCAGAUGAAGUGGACACUCCCAGGGACGUGGCAGCAAGAGUCCGGUUUCAGAAGUACAGAGGCCUGAAGAGCUUCCGGACAUCCCCGUGGGAUCCCAAGGAAAACCUGCCCCAGGACUAUGCACGGAUCUUUCAGUUUCAGGACUUUUCCAGAACUAGGAAACGGAUCUUUAAGGAGGUUGAGGAAGAGGAACCUGAAGGGGCUGAGCAGGUUGGAUGGUACGUGACCCUGCACGUGGCGGGGGUUCCUGCUUCUGUGGGCGAGAGCUUCAGGCAGGGCGCGCCUCUGGUCGCAUUUUCCCUGCUGCCGCACGAGCAGAAGAUGUCGGUGUUGAACAUGGUGGUGAGGAGACACCCCGGGAACGAGGAGCCUGUGAAAUCCAAAGAGGAGAUGAUCUUCCAUUGCGGCUUCCGUCGCUUCCGGGCCUCGCCUCUCUACUCCCAGCACACUGCAGCGGAUAAGCACAAGGCAGAGAGGUUCCUUCGUCCUGAUGUGGCCUUGGUGGUGACUGUUUAUGCCCCGAUCACCUUCCCUCCAGCCUCAGUGCUGCUCUUCAAACAGAAGCCUGAUGGCAAGCACAGCCUCAUUGCCACGGGGUCGCUCCUCUCAGUUAAUCCGGACAGGAUGGUCAUCAAGAGACUGGUGCUGAGCGGGCACCCUUUCAAGAUCUUAACCAAAAUGGCUGUGGUCCGCUACAUGUUCUUUAACAGAGAGGAUGUGCUGUGGUUUAAACCAGUGGAAUUGAGAACCAAAUGGGGUCGCCGAGGACACAUCAAGGAGCCGCUUGGUACUCAUGGCCACAUGAAGUGCACAUUUGAUGGACAGCUGAAGUCUCAGGACACAGUGCUGAUGAAUCUCUACAAACGGGUCUUCCCCAAAUGGACUUAUGAUCCCUAUGUGCCAGAACCCAGACCCUGGUCAAAUGAGGAAACCUCCCCUGGGCUAGAAGUAGACAUGGAAUAAGGUGCUGCCCUAAGUGUGCUCAUCAUCCUGCUGUGUUGGCCCAAAAGGUGUGGGACAAGGCUCUCCCCUGGGGCUCCUGCAGAAAAGGGAGGGGAGGGGGAAAGCGCACACACCUCUCAGUCCAGAGGGAGCUGGGUCUCCUCUGCUCGCUUCAGCCAUCCCAGGGAAGUUAAGUCUACGUUCCCCCCACUGAGAACCACGCAGACAUUUUGCAGAGCGGGCAUCUUCUGGAACUGUUCGCCCAGCACAGCAGCUACUCCCACUGCGGCCGUGGGCUCGAUGAGAAGCUUCAUCCUCUCCCACACCAGCUGGGUGGCAUGCUGUGGGCCCAGAAGAAAAAGCCCGUGGCCAGAGGGCAACAGUGCCUUGUUUUUGGUCACUUCUAACAGCUCAGCUCAGUGGGGGCAUCACCUCCCUGCAGGGUCCAUGCUUUAUGCACUGGGCACCUUGGUCCCUGGGAGGGACCAAGUGUUCCCUGGGGCCCUCUGCCAAGUUGAGCAUUCUUGCCUUCAUGUACCCCCCCCCCCCCAAAUUUCUGAGGUUUUUUUACCUUAAUUUCAUCCUCUGUGACAGUGAAGACUUCAUCCACCAGAUCCCUUAUGAUAGGCCAACUAUAGGGGCCAAUGCUUGAUUUAACCCCAUCUGCUAUGGUGUCUGGCGGAGAUGGGUUAGGGGUGAGCUCCCCUUUGAGCUUGGACUGGAAGCAGUCAUCGGCAUUACAGGGCUCCGCAGCGUAUACUUUCACCUCUGGUCUCAGAGCCUGUCGGGAGAGUGGCAGGUGUCCGGCAUUGGGCUGAACCAUGGCCACUGUUUAUGCGGAGAGCCUCAAGGGCCCUCCAAGGAAUGGAUCUGAAAUAAAGUGCACUGCAAGAUCUGGCAGCUCUUUGUGUCAUUUGAAGCCCAGAAGGGGAAAGGGAGAGCAGGCAGAGCUCUUGGGGUGAAGAGAAGGUGGGGAGCCAGCAUGCUAGAGCAGAGCUCAGGGGCUCUCUGCCAACCAGCACUCUGCCUCCAGAGGAAACUGGAUGGGGCAGGAAGAGGCCAAAGGAGAGGAUGGGGGGAAGGGGAAAAUAAAAACCAAGUAUAUGCAGCUACAUACAGGCCUUGACUUGCAAACAAGGCAUUAUUACUACUAAAGAAGCAGUCAAAUCAAAUCAAAAAAAAAAAAAAAAUUGUUUUUAGCCAUAUUCACCUGUAA